UAUUUCCCGCGUCCCAGGCUGCCGCCACCGUCCAUGGAAGAGAUAAAAGGAAGCUUGUCGAAGCCUGUGGCAGUUAUCGCCUGCAUCUCCAUGACAUUGUUUUAUGUUGCAACACUCUAUGCUCCUACUCUGAUCCUCCAACUCCCGCCUCCACACUCCUUCGACAAUUUCAUGAUUCGUUGGUUUAUUUGCGCCGCCGUUUCCUCCUUCGCUUCCGUUAUCAUAUGUGCUCUUCUCCUCCCAAUAAAAAUUGGGGAGGUAUUUUAUUUGCUUGGGGUUUAUGGCAUUCAAUCGGAUCAUAUUUGGCAAUCAGUACUCUUUCCACUUUUCUUGACUUCUCUUAUGUAUGCUGGAUCAUUGAUGUUGUUGGUUAAUAACUGGAUGGAGCAUAGGGAUCAAGACACAAGGCUAAUGUUAGGUUGUAUCAAAAGCACCCUUCUUAGGUUCCCCAGGCAGAUGUCAUCGUUGCUUCCAAUGUUUAUUCUGGCACCAUUAACAGAAGAAUUGGUGUUUAGAGCAUGUAUGAUUUCUUUACUUCUUUGUGGGGGAUUUAAAGCUUACGAUGUCAUUUUUCUUUGUCAAUGUCUUGCGGCACAUUUGAACCAUAUGAUGGAGAUCCACAGCCGCCACAAUUACAGCUUGCGUGAAGCCUCUAUGGUUGUAGGCCUCCAGCUGGGUUACACUGUGGUCUUCGGUUCACAUGCUUCAUUUCUCUUCAGUCGAACAGAAAGUCGCCCAGUAUUUGCCCUGUUUGCGUUUCACAAUCCUGAACACGCUGUCUAUAUCACCACCUUCUCUUGGAUACACCCUUCACAAUCCAUGUCUUUUAACACCCUCCACCCCAUGAAAUAUAAGGCUGAUAGAAAUGAACUAGUAAACGAAGCUACCACCAGUACAAUUUGGCUAUGGUUUUACAUCUUAAAAAAAAAAGAACAAAAGGAGAUGAUAACAAGGUGGGUUUAUGAUGUUACUCUUGCUGGGGGAUCAGGGUUGGUAGAAUUAGGGCAUGGGGAGUGGAGCUCAUAUCGAGAUCAGCCUCUCGUUCUCUUUCAUUAUGUAACAGUUCUGAAGCUAGUAGCAGCUGUAGUUGAAGACAAAGAGGCAAAAGGAAGUGAGAAGUGGAGGGAUAAAGCGGAUGGAAGGAAGAUGUGA